AUGGCAGCUACCCAACAGAAGCUCGGUGGCCUCCCGCCACUAGGCCCGCAGCGCACAGCCUUCGAACGGUGGCAGCACCAGCAGCGCAAGCAGCGCGGCGCUCAAGCGGAGUCGGAGACGGAGGAGGAGGAGGAGGAGGCGGCGGCGGGGGCGGCUGGGCCGGCCGCGGCUUCCGCUGCACAGUCGGCGCCAUCGGCUGGCUCGCGGCUCCAGCGCAGCUCGCAGCGCAAGCGGCCCGCGGAGGCAUGCUCGACGGAUGAAGAGGUCGCCGAGCUGGGGCUGGCGCUGGCGCGCUCGGAGAAUCAGAUGCCGCCGAACGAGCGCGAGCAGCGAGCCGGCGCACCUGCCGCCAAGGCGGGCGCGCGCUGCUCGAUCUGCUUGGAGGGCAGCGACGUCGACGACGAGCGCUUGCUGACGAGGGCUCUCUUUUGCGACCCCUUUGCGGACGACGGCUGGGGCUUCAGCCUGUGCUGCCACAACAUCUUCCACUACACGUGCCUCCUCGCUCAGACCAAGCCGCGGCAGGCGGACUACGUCACGCGCCAAGGGCGAUGCGACAUCGCCACGGAUUGCCCCAGCUGCCGCAGCGAGAUUUAUGGCACCCGGCGGCGCUUGCUCAAUCGCGGCCCGCUGGGCGGCGAGCCGCCUCGGCGCAACGACUACAUAUUGCUGGGCGAGCGCGUGCUGAUCCCGGCCACUCUCAAGAACAGCACGACUGGCUACAAGAACGUGAACUACGAUCGCGGCAAUAAUAAGUUCAAGGCGCAGGUGCGGGUUGCUGGCAAAAGUGUCUCCCUCGGCUACUUCGACACCGCCGAAGAGGCGGCCAUCGCCUACGCUCGGUCAGAGUACGGCCGCGCCGACGCCGCCAAGCUGCUGCAGCCUCGCCCCGCUCCCACUGCCGCUGGCCUCGAGGCGAUACGGCAGGCGGCGAGGGAGGGCCUGACUCUCACCGCCAGCAGCAGCAACAGCGGCUACAAAGGCGUGACCUUCUACCCAAAUCGGCAAUGUAGCAAGAACUACCAGCUGAAGGUGAAGGUUGGCGGCACAACAGUCUUCCUCGGCUGCUUCGCCACCGCCGAGCAGGCUGCGCUCUUCUACGCCCGCAGGGAGGCGGGCAGGGACACCAGCGAUCUCACCGAGUGGCUCUCGCGUCGCUACGCGCCGCCGAAGGCUGUCUAUGAGGGCACACCCGAGGAGGCGCGGAUUCAACCUGCGUGCGGCGGUGACCAGGCGAAGGCGGAGUUCGACGAGGUCUGCGAGGUGAGGCGCGACCGCACGACGCUGCUCGGCCCGUCCGCGCUCGAGAUCUAUGUGCCGGGCAACCAUACCCACGUGUCGGCCAUGUCCAUGUGCGUCUCGUACCGCGACGCCAACUUCCGCGCGAACGUGGAGCGGUUCCUCGCCCCCGCCGCCGCUGCGGCCCACCGGCGCGGCGCAGUGGACGUGCCGCGCUGGCUGCCCGAGCUCGUCUUUGGCGACCUCGACGAGCUGCGCAGCGCGGUCAAGCGGCCCGGCGUGAACAUGGAGGAUUUUGUGUAGUACAUGUAGUAGAUCGGGGUGGGAGCUGGGCGGUGAGCCGGAUGUGGCGAGCUGCCAAAGCCGCAGGCGUCGCUCGCAAGGCAGCAGCCGCACCACUGAUACGUUUUCACUUUUCUGUCUAGUGUGCGAGAGCGAUGGUGCGGAACCCCUUUUGUCUACUGUCUGUGUCUGAGCAUAGAGGCGUUGUAGGAGUCGCAUGUCAAUUGUCUCAUGUGUGGCGGAGAAUGUCUGUGUACGUACGCGCACUUUCCGCAGC